AUGGUAAACCAGACUGAAGGUUACGUCUCAGAGCUGAUAACCCGCUCCACGACUGCUUGCCUGCUUUUUAUUUUUGUGCUCUCCACCUUUCUAGGGAAUGCUCUGGUGUGCACAGCGGUGGUACGGUUUCGUCAUCUGCGCUCCAAAGUAGCGUACGUGUUUGUUGUGUCUUUGGCUGUUUCGGACCUCUUAGUUGCCACUCUUGUAAUGCCAUGGAAGGCAGCUGCUGAGAUUGUGGGUUUCUGGCCGUUCGGGAGCUUCUGUGAAGUAUGGAUAGCUUUUGACAUCAUGUGUUCCACUGCCUCCAUUCUCAACCUGUGCAUCAUAAGUGUGGAUCGUUACUGGGCGAUUGCUAUCCCGUUGAGCUACGAGCAGAAAAUGACCAGAAGAGUGGCGUUCGUCAUGAUUGGAGUGGCAUGGACGCUUUCUGUCCUCAUCUCAUUCAUUCCUGUGCAGCUGAGUUGGCAUAAGUCUAUCGACCCUAUAGAAGACCUGGCUGAGAAAUGCGAUGCCAGUUUAAACCGCACUUACGCCAUCACUUCAUCUCUGAUCAGCUUCUACAUCCCAGUCUCCAUAAUGAUUGUCACUUACUCACGCAUCUUCCUCAUAGCACAAAGGCAGAUCCGAAGGAUAUCGAUGCAAGAGUGUAGCAUCAAACAUGUCCAGUCCUGCCAAAGCUGCAAUAAAGCUCCUGAAGAGAAGUUAAAAAGUUCAUUUAGGAGGGAAACCAAAGUCCUGAAAACUCUGUCGAUGAUCAUGGGGGUGUUCGUCUGCUGUUGGCUGCCUUUUUUCAUUCUCAACUGCAUGGUGCCGUUUUGUGAUCCUGGCCUCCACAACGCCGGUCAGAUCCCAUGCGUCAAUAAGACCACCUUUGAUGUGUUUGUGUGGUGUGGCUGGGCGAACUCUACCUUGAAUCCUGUCGUUUAUGCAUUUAAUGCAGAGUUCCGCAAAGCCUUCUCCAGCAUCCUGGGAUGUGGGAAGUUGUGCUGUCAGAAUAAUGUGCAAACUGUUGACUUCAGCAACGAGCUGGUGUCGUACCAUCGAGACUCCACAAAUCUUCGAGAUGUUCACCUGUUCGGUCAUCCCUGUCUGCAUCCACACGCUGUCAGGGAGGGAAGUGACAAAGACAUGUGCUUUGAUACUGUUUCACAGAUGGCUGAAGUUCCUUACGAGAUGGAAUGUAACUUUGUAUAUGGAGAAAGGCAUCCUGUGGGAGAAACAGAGCUAUCACUUGAUAAAAUCAUACCAUUUACCAAAGAAGAUGAGUUGGUGUCACUUGAACAUGUUGUUCGUAAUGAAGUCGAGUCUCCUAGUAUAUCUGGAAUACUAUGA